CCUUUAUUCCGAAUCAGCUGUUUUCUUCUACUAACAUGACACUUGACACUUCCCUCCCCGCGCGACUCAGCUGUCACGUGACAACAGCUGUCACGUGACCACGUGGAGUGAGAGAGCAUGACACCUUCCUUUUACGUUCGACGUUUCUCUCUUAAAAAGAAAUCGCAGGACGAGGGACGUACUAGACUCGGGAUUCGAAAGGACGCAGGAGAGAAUGAUUGAGCAUAAUUUUCCACCCUUGAAGAAUGAUCGCGUCCUCAGAGCGGCACGUGGGGAGCCGGUCGACAGGGUGCCGGUUUGGGUCAUGAGGCAGGCCGGGAGGUAUCUUCCCGAGUUUCAGGAGGUCAGAGCCCGGUACGAUUUCUUCGCCAUCUGCCAGACCCCGGAACUGGCCUGCCAGGUGACCCUGCAGCCGAUAGAACGUUUUGAUCUCGACGCCAGUAUAAUAUUCUCCGACAUCCUGGUGAUCCCUCAGGCGAUGGGCCUGAAGGUCGAGAUGGUAGCGGGGAUAGGUCCGGUCCUGCCACAACCCUUGGCAGAUCCUAGUGACUUGGCUAGACUCGUGCGACCAAACGUACAAGAGGCUCUGGGAUACGUCGGGGAUGCUAUAACAUUGACCCGGCAUAAAUUGGAUGGAAGAGUGCCAUUGAUAGGCUUCACCGGAGCACCUUGGACUUUGAUGGGAUACAUGAUCCAAGGAGGAGGCAGUUCCACAAUGGCAAAGGCAAGAUCUUGGUUGUAUAAGUAUCCAGAGGACUCUCAUAAAUUAUUGCAGAUGAUUACAGAUGUUAUUGUGGAUUAUUUAGUGAUGCAGGUGAAGGCUGGUGCUCAGUUACUUCAAGUAUUUGAAAGCAAUGGCGAUUACUUGGAUGAUGCAUUGUUUACAACUUAUUCUUUCAAAUAUCUCAAACAAAUAAGCGAACGUGUACGAAAGCAAUUGAAAGAAGCAAAUAUUCCAGAAGUGCCUAUGAUUGCUUUUCCAAAAGGUGCAACCGUGAAUUCUUUAAAAAUUCUCGCUAAAGAUAAAAGUUACGAAGUUAUAGGCCUUGAUUGGACUGUAGAUCCUGUUGAAGCCAGAAAACAGCUUGGGCCUGAUGUUACGUUGCAAGGUAACAUGGAUCCUUGCGCACUGUAUUCUCCUCAGGAUAAAAUUGUUGAUCGUGCACACAAAAUGAUAUCAAAUUUUGGUAAAACUCGAUAUAUUGCUAAUUUGGGUCAUGGUAUUUUACCGGAUACUCCCAUUCUAUCUAUGGAAGCUUUCAUUAAAGGGGUACAUUCUGCAUAAGUAUAUCUUUACAAUCAUAAAUACAUAUAUAUAUCCUCCUGAGUCCUUUGCUCGAUUUUUCGAACAUGAUCUCUCUUUCAUAUAUCUAUGUUAUGCAUCAGAUUAUCACACGUAUAUAUAUAUGACUUAUGAAUUU